AUGACUCCACAGCAGGCCUGCUAUACCUGCCGAUAUAGGCGCAUUCAGUGCGACCUGUCUGCACGGCCCUGCAGAAAAUGCACCAAGGCGGGGGUGGAAUGUCUCGAUAAGAGACCCAUCCGAUGGGUCAAAGGUAUCUCCAUCCGGGGCAAAAUGAGGGGUAUAUCUUUGGAACAUCCAGCAGAGAAUCCUUCGACUGGAUCGGCCAUUAUCCCCUUUGUCGUACAUGGCCACACUAUGCCUCUAGAGCUCGGGGAGCCAUCGUUUUCCUGCCUAGACCCAACAUCCAGAUAUUAUUUGAGCUACUAUGACGACUGUAUAUGCAGCCUUUUCAUCGUGUACGAUGGCAACAACAAUCCAUUCCGGAAGUUGCUGUCGCUAGCCCUGAAUGAUUCCACUCUGCUCAAGGCUGCUCUUGCUUUGGCAGCGCGCCACCGAGCGAAUUUGGGUCAUUCGUUCCAGAGAUACGACGAAGAGACCCCACCCACUCCCUUGACCGUGCAUCAAGAUGCCUUGGGGUACAAGCAUCGCGCGAUUCGGGAAAUCUCAAUUGCCUUGGAUGAUCCCACACUAUGCGCUCGAGACAGCACCGUGGCCAGUGUCUUUUUGUUGAUCUUUCUUGACCUGCUGGAGUCUGGGAGCGAUCGAUGGAACUUUCACCUGGAAGGUGCUAAGAAGCUCAUCAGCUUCAGCCAACAACAAACGGGAGCAUUUUCUGAGAUCGGUCAAGAACCUGGUCAGACAGUUAAGCUUAUUCGGGAGUUCAUCAAUAGUCAAAUAUACCUGAUCGAGACCCUUGGAGCCACCUUCGUUCGUCCCAAUCUCUUAACAGACUCUGAUCCAUUGGACUCAGCACGCGUGGUGUCGCGAGUAGCAGAGACGGUAGAGCAAUCGUUCCUCGGCUGUCCCGACUAUCUCUUGAUUGCUAUACGAUGUCUAUCCCUCUCCCGAGACUCCAUCCACGAUCUUUCCAACCCUGAGAUGGUGGAAUACCAUCAGUAUAACGUGACUUCUGUUCUGCAAUCGAUCGAGGAAUUUGACUGCUUUGCUUGGGCCAUCAAUCUGCCUCAGCCCAAUCAAGCAGCCGCGAACACGGUCGGCGACCUUUGCAUGUUGGCUGCGUCAUAUAAGCUGGGGGCGCAGAUCUACGGGCAGCGAAUUCUCGAUACCUUGUCUCAAACCGACACUUCCAUGGGCGAGCUCUUGAAGGAGCUGAUGCAGUCCAUCCACUCCCUUUGCGCCAGCGACAAUCUGCUCAAGUGUGCUCUAUGGCCUAUUUGUAUUGCCGGCUUAGAGUGUGAGCUGCCGGGGGAAAGAUACUUUCUGAUUCAGUCGCUCGAGCAGUUUUGGGAGAAAACCAAGUGCGUCAACGUCAUCAACGCGGCGAAGAUCUUGCAAUCGUACUGGCAGCGAAAUGGUCACCAGCCAGCUAUUCCUUCAGCAUGGAUCGUCGACAUUGGCUUGUCGGGUCGUGACUGGCUGUUGAUUUAA